AUGCUGCGGGUGCCUUUGCUUUGGCUGGUGCCAACCCUGGCCUCUGGCAAACAUGGCAAAGUCUGGCGGAAGGAUGCCAUCGAAUCUGCAACUGCAGAAGCUGUCAAGAUGGUUGACAAAUUGCAAGGUGCCUGUGGGGUGUCAGCCGUAGACCUGCCGGGAUCGGGUUUUGUGGAACCAGAGAGCAUGUCAGCACGCUGCUGGGUGGAGCAGUACACCAACUGCAGCAUGAGCUACACCCAAAUUUCGUGCCCUGAUGAGUGUCCGAUGGUUGCACCAAGCCCAAACUUUCCAUGCAUUUUUAAUUGCGUGACACCAGAGGAGUGUGCGGAGUACAGCCCUGGCAACGCUCGACCAGACUUGAACGGUAAGAUCUGUGAGCCAUGUGAUCUACUAGGUUGUCGGUACUGCGAGUCCAGAACCAAGUGCAGAACCUGCUUCAAAGGUUUCGUUCUUGAGAAUGAUCAAUGCAUCUUUUUUCUGGAUUCCAACGGCAUUAGUGCUGCUGUUAUGCAAACCUUGUUGAUCAUCAUUGUUGGCUUGGUGUUGACCGUCCUUGUUUGCUACCUUCGUGGCAAGAAAUCUCCACAUGCAGAGGAGAACCUUCAGAACAUGAUCAAUGCGCGUCGGCACCGGCGCUUGUGCAAACUGCACCGCUGGGACCGAACGAGCGACAAAGCUCCAAGAAUGUGGCGUGAUCUCAGUGUCAGUAUGAUGACAGAUGACGUUUCAGGCGUUGGAGUUGCAUUGUACUACAAGCGAACUCAGCUCUACAAACCGGCUGGUCUGAGGCAGUACCUUCCAACUGAAGAGGCAGCCAAUGACGAACUGGUCAGCUCCAUGCUAGAGGCUUUCAGAGAGUCGUUGACUGCACCAGCUGUGCUUUACUCGCCCCUGGUGAACUGUCCAUCUUUCACUCCAGAGCUGGAGGUCGCAACUCUGCAGAAGUUUGCCAGCAACAGCUUCUGGACACUCUGUGUUUUAUUCUGGGCCCUUUUCGUCAUAUCCCUACAGCAAGGCCGAAGUUGCCUAAAUUUCUUUAUUGAAUUUGACGAGAUGAACGUCGACAGCUCUGAUUAUGCCCUCUUGCUGACAGGCCUACCCAGCAGCAUGACACAUGAGAAACAGCUGAAAGAUAUGUUGCAAAGACAACUCUCGAAGCACGUGAAGCUGGAAGACAAUGCCAUACAUGGAGUGAGCAUUGCAUAUGAUCUAUCUGACUUUACCUUGCGAUCAGAAAUAGAAGAUAUUCUUGCAAACAUCACCCGCAGAAAGGAAGAAGAACUCGGUGCCUUCGAUAAUCAGGGUGAGGCUGUGAAGAUGGAUUGGGAGAGACAGAAGGCCAUUGACAAAGCAAAGGCCGAAGCGUGGUUCAACGAAGGGAAACUGACCUCGGUGGGUCGCGCCUUCGUGGUUUUUAGCAAGGCCUCGACGCGAGACGAAGUUCUCACGGCCUAUAGUAAAGAUGCGAAAGUGAUACAGAUGCCAGAGCUGCCAGAUGUCGCCUUGGAAUCUGUGGACUUUGACCCGGUCUCCGUUUUCUGGGAGAAUCAGCAGAAUUCCGAGGAGCAUGUCAUCAGAGCUUCUGUGAAGGGAGCACUCAAGGUGGUUCUCUUUUUCCUGACGGUCAACGCACUGAUCAUCAUUCCUUACAACGUCUUUGUGGUUGGUGCAUUUAUGUCCUCUGGUGCCAACCUGGCUGGACCCAGUCAGACCAUGGCUGGCUUGCUGCUGGGAAUUGUGAACCAGCAGAUCUCUGCCCAGGUGUACAACCAGGCCUACUUUGCAGGCUUCAAGAAGAAGGAUCGAUUUGAUACCUUCAUCUUUGUCUUGAACACAGUGGUUCAAUUCUUCAACACCUGGAUUAGCUUGGGCGUUACUGCCUGGGCAGUGAUUGGCAAAGAAGGUGGGAGAAUGAGUCUCUUCCAACCCCUGGCAGAUGCGGGAAACAUUGGAUUGGAGGCAGCCAUUGGCGAUGCUUUCUAUGCCAUGCAUGUGCCAGGCGUUCUCUACGUGAAUUACAUCAUGGGCCUUGUGAUGGGCGGUGUGGUGCCCUUCACCCAACACACAUUGGUGGGCAAGAUCAUCUAUGUGUGGCGCUCCUUGCCAGAUUGCCUCCUGUACGCCUUGAAGAUCAUCCUGCCAUGGUCCCCGGACGACUUGGACCGCUAUCCCCGCUUCAACGCUGAGAAGGCCAUUGAAGCUCCUGAAAUGGGAGUUGCAUGGGACUACUCGGCAUUUAUUGUUCAUAUGGCCACGGCCUUCCUUGUGACCGCCGUGGUGUCUGCUUCGGUGUGGAAGCUCUUUUUGGCAUUGACCUGCUGGUGCGUGUUCUUUCAUGUUUGGUCUCGCUUUAUGCAUCUUCGAGUUCAGACUGCUUCGAGCUUCAACGGCCACAUGCUGGACACUGCGGCCUGGCUUCUCUGGUCUCUGCCCAUGGGUUGUCUAGCCGGAUCCGCUUUCGUGUGGGCAGUGCGGGCACAGAUGGUACCAGAGAUGCCACUCUACUUUCACAUCAUCCUGUUGGUGCUAGUGAUGAUCCUUGCUGGUGCCUUAUGGGUGCUGUCGUACUACCUCGUCGUCCGUCCGGAUCGGCGCUGUGAUGCUCGGGCAUCACAAAGCGAGACGGUGGAGGAGGUGAUGCAACACCAGGUCUUCUCUUGGUACAAUUGCAAUCCGGCGUACGUUCUCAAGCAAGCAUACUUGAAGGAUCACGUUCCUGAAUCUCAUUUGGUUUCUGAUAGCGAGGCUAUCCUGUACCGUCGAGGGAAGGAAUAUCUCUUCAUUCCUGGAGACAAACAGCACAAGAUCACAGAGAGGUUCCAAGAUAUGUGGGAGUUUGAGACGCACUUGGAGUGGCUCUUUGAACAGCUGGGGAAUAUCACAGUCUCACGAAGUGCUUCAAGGAGAGACCUGGAGAAGGGCCCCCAGGAAAAGUAUGCUCCCUUGCGGACUGAAGAAGCGUAUUUGCCGGCGGAACCGUCCUGGUCCAUACGCGAUGUGCGGGAGGCCAUCUGCGAGGCCACGGCAAUUCCUCCAAGCCAGCAGCGCCUGCUGAUGGGAUGUGAAGCAUUGAAUGACGGCAUUCAGCUUGAUUCCCUAUGUGUCGACAGUGAUGAGUUGUCUUUGACAUUGGUGCGCCGAAGUCUGGACCAGGCAAAGUUGUUGGAGGCGGUAGCCUCUGGCGAAAAGUUGGCAGCUCUUCUGGAAGCGCCAGAGGCGCGAAGUGACAAAGAAGUGAUGAUGGCAGUGGUGCAGAAAGACGGACUACUGCUGCGCUUUGCCCAGGACAGCUUGAAGGCUGAUGAGGACGUUGUCUUUGAGGCAGUGAGACAGAAUCGGGUGGCUAUGCGCUUUGCAGCGGAAUCUCUGAGGGCAGAGAUGACAUUUGUGGCUCGUGUGGUGCGACAGCAGGGCCAAGCGCUGCAAUUUGCCUCGGAACAGCUUCGCCGGGAUCCCGGGCUGGUGAGGCUGGCUGCAGAGGCCGACUUCCUGGCCCUGAAAUUUGCAGAUCCAGUCUUGCUGGCGGACAAACAUUUCAUGCGAGAGAUUCUGCAGAGUCGGCAUGGUUGCCACGCGCUGCAGUUUGCGGCCCCUGCGCUGCAGCGAGACAAAGAGCUUCAAGCUCUUCAGCGAGCUGGUGCAAAGCACUGGCAGCACAGCACUAUGCCUUUGCCAGACCAGAAAAAAGGUGAUGCGCACCGCUGCAGAUUCGGAUGCUGUCACAUGGAAUGCUUGCAAUGUUGA